AAACAUCUGUCACUAAAUUUUGCUACAAGCGUGAAUUCAUCUCUCGAGGAACUCAGAAACAUUAAAGUAAUACAUUUUUUAAUACAAUAAUUUUUCAUAUCGCAAAACCCCCCAAAGAAGUGACUUUUCUUAAACAACCUGACAGCUCUCUCUGCCGCCACGUAAAUGCCGCGUCACGCAAAAGCUUUUGAAGUGGAAGCAAAUAUGAAAUUAAAAAAACUCUUUUGAAGUGAAAAUUUGUCUGAAUGUUAGGUUCUUGGCUGCUCUAAUACUUCGUGGAAGUAAAACUCAGGAGGAUCGAUAAUAGCCCACGUUCGAUACAUGACUCCGAGGCUUUCUGGUUAUCUUUCUUUAUUUGGUUUGGUUUUCUUUGUGCUCAAGCCUCCUCUGGGAAUUGCGAGACGAUGGAGUCGUAAAAAAUUUGCAAUAAAGCCUCGGAGUCAUGUUAGAAUUUUAGUAUAUCGAAGGCUAUUGUUUGAAUUUUUGAUGACGUCAUGGGAAAACCAGCACCCCCAAAAAAUCGCAAAGAGAUUCAGGGAUAGAAAGUUAUUACUAUUUUUUAAAUUCUAUACACCUCGUUCCCAAAAGCCCAGUAUGAAUUUUUACCUCUAUACUGGCCUAUUACAUGCAAUUAACGGAAAAUAUGCAUGAAAAUAUUUCAAUUGUUCAGCCAUUCCGAUGCUCGUAGGCAGAAAACCGGUCCAAAAAUACUUCGGGAUGCCGCGCCCGCUCCCGCGCCCGCGCCCGCGCCCGUGCCCACCCGCGCUCCCUCACGCACGCUUUUCUUAUUGUUGUGCAAUUUGCAUAAUUAUGUGAUAUUGAGGCCUGCCGAGUCACGCUUGUAAUACAAGUUCGUCUAUCUUCGUGGGUUAAAACCAAAUUAUAUCUCACUUUCAAGGCAUAGAGGUACGUUCACUUCCUUCUCAAAGUAUCUUUAAAACUAUUCAUGCUAUCUUAUGAAGCGUUCCUCUUAUUUUACUGAUUUGCGUGUGAGGCAAUGAUUUAGAAUGAUUGUGUUUAAUAUGUACAUUGUUGUCCAUGAUCGGUAAUCUAAAUCACAAAUGUGCUGCGCCUCUUUUCGAAGUUUGAGGUUAUUUGUCUUGGAACAAUAUUAGGCCCCCGGUUAACAAUAGCGCCUAGUAAGUAAAUAUCGUUUUUACACCUGAACAAGCUAGAUUUCUUAUACCUUGAUGAACAUCCUGAACAUCGAUGUUUUAAGAAAUUUGAUACAUUCAGUCUACUCUUUUAUAAAGUAUUAUUGAACGUUUGGAGGGCCGUUGUAUUAUUGUUGCCACAACACAAUAUUUAAAGCCUGUUAUACGGCAGUUUGAAAAUUUCAAUUGUUUUCUACGAUUUGCAUGGGAAGCGAAAACGAACAGCCGUUCGACUCGUCACGCAACUCUCCUGCGUGACGACACAAAGAGGAUGCUACUAAAAGGAGGAACGAGGAACGGGGAACGGGGAACAGCGAACGAGAAAAUGAAAAAUGGGAAAUAACCUAACUUGAACCCCAGCCCUAUCAGUAACUUCAUUUCCAAUUCUCUGUUUUGUUCCCAUAUUUCAUUAUCCGAUUUUCCGUACUCAUUCCUCAUUUUAGGGCAAUUUAGUGACAUCACAGUGAGAGAUCGACUAUUCUCUGUUUUCACCGUCAUGUCAUGGAGAAUAAAAAAAGUUUAAACCAUUCAAUACGGAGAGUCCAGAAUGUGAUAAAUGAAAGAAGAUAAAUACACAAAAAACCUCGCCAGAUAUCAGGUUUGUGCCGUAUUUCAUAUCCCAGAUAUUCGGGAAAAUGUUUUACCCAAAUUUACCAAGUUUUGUAUGGAGACGCCAUGUAAUUGUUGGUGUCCCUUUGAGGGGUACCAAUAUGGCGGCCGGAAACCAAUAGAAACAUCUAUCUUUGAGUUUUCCUCCAAGCGUGAAUACAUCACUUUCAGAACUCAUAGAGAUUAAAGUAAUUUCUAUUCUGAGACAAUGAAUAUUUAGACAGCAAAAUCUCGCAAAAUCGGUAACGUUUUAAACUCACAUAAGAGCUAUCCCGGCCUCCAGCUAAAUGCCGCGUCACGCAAAAGCCUGGAAAUUCAAGCGUCCUCUAUUGCAAAACGAAGAACCCUUUCGAACCAAAGAUUUCUAUUAAUAAAGGUGUUUAGCUGCUGUAAUAUGAAAGUAAAAGCUCAGAAGAAUUGAUAAUUCCUUAGUUAGAUUUUUGGUGACGUCAUGAUAAAACCGAGAAUAAGUUGUGAGUGGGUAGAAGAGCUGUUCCCUUACAAAUUCUACUAACUUUAUCAGCUGUAGUAACCUUUGAGAUAUAAGCCUUAAAAUAUACUCGUUAGCUAAUGCAUAUUCCCUUUCAAUUCCUGCUGAAAUUAUUUCAGAUACAAAUUUUGUCUUUAUUUUUUUUAUACAAAACGUUGAUCACGUGAUCAACUGAGGCAAAUGCGUAUCAAAUUAUAUGGUAUACGUAGGGAAAAACUAGAGGCGGGAAAGCCCAAGACAUCUGCCAAGAGAAAGCACUGGGAUUUCAAUUGACAAGUUCCCAAAUAUCUAUCAAAAUGGUUAACUUAAAUAAAAAGAAAUUUAAGUCAAUGGUAGAGCAGCAGAGGUUCCCCCGGCCUGGCAAUGGUAUACAGUAAAAACUUGUGACUAAGAACCUGGUUUUUAAGGCUAAAUUUUGCCAGUUAGGCGCCCUCUAUACAAGACUCUGUUUAGCCUAACAUUUGAAACAGGUUCUUAUUUUCUAAUAUCCGUAAAAAAUUCUGAACAUGCAAUUGGGCAAAUAAGUCAACUUAAGUCAUCUAUAAAGUCAAAUAGGUCAUCUUUCAUAGGCCUUUCCCGAUUGUGCUCUUAAAAUACUUGAAAGUUGCUCACUGGAAUGCCAAAAAGUUGCUACCUAAAUUUCAAAAGUUGCCAGCUAAAUUUCUUGAUAUAUUUUUUUUUAUAUAAACGUUAAUUAAAAGCUUUAUUUUCAUUCUUCACAAUAAUUACUAACAUCUGUCAAGAAAAAUAGCAGGAAACUUAGCUAUUUUUAAUUAAAAAAAAAAAAAAAAUAAAAAUUAACAAAACUAAAAAAAAAUUUAAAAAAAUUGAUAAACAUUGAAAAAAUUCGCUUGAAUUUGAAGCUUUCUAUGAAAUCGUUGACUAUUUCAUGCUUGAUAUGUGCUCUAAACCUAUAUUUUGCUCAAAAGUUGCUCAGAAAGGCAAAAUUUGUUCGAGGUUGCUAGAACCGCAAAAAGUUGCUCUAGACGCCAAAAGUUGCCGAGCACAAUCGGGAAAGGCCUAAUCUUGUAUGACAUUCAAGAUCCUCUUUGGAAGAGAAAUAGGUGCCUUUAAUAUCACUCCAACUGCAAUGAAAUGGUGUGCAGAUUUUGUAUGAGGAACAACCUGAAUACCACUAACUGCCUUUCGCUACACUGUAUUUUUCCCCUAGAAAACAUGAACCUAUAUAAGAACCUUAAUAGCCUAAAUUUGUGCUUAAUAUCAUUUAUGUAAGAACCUGUUUAGGCUAACUUGGAAAAUGUGGUUUCUUAGUCGAGGGUUUUAUCACACUUUUCUCUUUAUCUUGAUACAGGACAAUGGAUGGCCUUGAAAUAGAUUCUAACUCACGUUUAGUAAAACCUUUGCCCACUGCCUUCAUAACAGCUGGAGUUGUUGUGCUAUUGUUCAUCUGGUGGCAAGAAGCAUGCAAUUGUGCCCUUCGCAAGAAAAUCAACGCUCCUAGCCCCAAGGGUUGGCCCAUAAUUGGCAAUAUGCUUGAUGCGAGAAAACUUGAUGGAGUACACCUUUUGUUGUGUAACUACAUUAAAAAUCAUGGCAAAGUGUUUUCUUUUAGUAUGUUUGGAAAGCCAAGUCUUGUUAUUGCUGAUCCUGACAUCCUGAAGAAGAUUCUGGUGAAAGAUUUCUGGAACUUCCGAAAUCGCUUCGCGGUAAUUAAGCCUAAAGGGGCAAUUGCCAAAAGCGUUUUUCUUGAACGCGAUGAAGCUUGGAGGCGCAUCCGCGCCACGCUUACCCCGUCGUUCAGCGCAAAGAAAAUGAAAGGGAUGGUAUCCCUGAUCGAAGAUUCGUUUGAGAGAUUGAUGCAAAAAUUAGAAGGCGUUGUCAAUACAGGUAAGUGGGGUCAUUAUUUGAACUGAACUUGUUCUAAAUGGCCUUUUUUCUGCAUUGUUGCAUUCACAUCCAGUUAAAGGCAAGUUCAUAAAUCAUGAGACUUCGAACGAACAGAUUGCCGUCCACGCUUCAAAUUUAAUUUUCAAUAAAAUUGUGACAAAUCUGUUUAACUUCAAUUUAGUUGGAAAUCUUAGAAAAGUGUUUAAAUUUAAAGAAAACGCUAGUAAGGGAUACUUUCUCGUAAAAUGCGCUCAAUUUAAAUCUUAUUCCACCCCCCUUACUACUUCCUCUACGAUUCAUAACAGUUUUUUAGAACAGGGAGCCCAAGUCGUCUGAAAAUGUUUAAGAAAUUAUAGGUUGACUUUUCAUAUGUUAAGUAACCGCUUUAAUAUAAAACUUCUAUCGCGCACAAAUAUCUGCAUCAAAGAACUGUAAUUUUGUCAGUCAACUUAGUUGACGCAACUCAACGUGGUGUUGGCUCUUAUCCAUCCGUUUAAGCUACAGGCCAUUCUAACCAAUACUUUCGAGCAGUCAUUUUAACUUUGUGUUUGCAUUUUAGGCGAAUCUGUAGACAUGUUAGACUGCUUCAGUAGAAUGACGCUGGAAGUUAUACUCUCCACCGCGUUUGGUGUCGAAACUGACAUUCAAAACGACAAAGAAAGCCUGUUAUUUAAAAAGGUGAAGGAGGUUUUUCGCACUCCUUGGAUAAUGGACAUUUUAAGACGGUUUCCUUUUGGAAUAUAUCUUAUAAGGAUUCUGGCACAAAUCAUGCGCACUCCAAGGUACUUUGAAAAGGUCGCCUCAGAGAUCUUACAGCAAAGGAGAAAAACUGGGCCAACAGGAAGACAAGAUUUGAUGCAUUUGAUGCUGACAGCGAACGAGGAUUCAACUGAAAAGGGAUUAUCCAAACUCACCGAUGAAGAGAUAAUUGGCCAGUGUCAGAUCUUUCUUUUCGCAGGUUACGAAACUUCGAGCAAUACUUUGGCCUAUAUCACCUACCAGCUGGCCCUGAACCAGAAUGUACAGGACAAAUUAAGAGAGGAGAUCAAGGAAGGAGUCAAGAGAAACCCUGAAAGCUCUCUGUACGACCUUUCUCAUGACAUUGAGUAUCUGGAUUGUGUUAUAAAUGAGUCACUGCGACUAAAUCCACCUUUGGCUCAGGUUAACCGUGAAUGUGUCAGCGACUACAAGUUUAAUGACAUAUUUAUCCCCGCAGGACUACAAGUCAUCAUUCCUGUGUAUUUUCUACAUCGUGACCCUGAUGUCUGGCCCAACCCAGAAAAAUUUGAUCCCGAGAGAUUUCGAAGCCCCGCCAAAGACGGUCGUCACCCAUACCAAUUCUUGCCAUUCGGUUUAGGGCCAAGGUCCUGCAUUGGGAUGAGAUUCGCUCUAAUGGAGAUCAAGAUUGCUUUGGUGAAAUUCUUGAUGAAGUACAAGUUUGUACGUUCACCUGAGACACAGGUACCUUUGGAAAUUCUUGCUGGUGUCACUCUGAUCCCGAAAUAUGGAGUCCACGUCAGAAUAGAAAGGGUUUAG